UACUUUGAGCUUGGAACUUCUCCAUCCACAUCAUACUGCCGUGUGCUGCCUCAAAUCUAUCAUUCGAGCUGUCCGAGCCUCCCAAAGCUGUUCUGGUUCUUACGUCAUACUCAGAACACCAUGUCUACCACCGCACCUACAGUUGGCAAUGCCGCCGCAGAGGCACCUGCGCCCCCCGCGCUUGACGCCAACCCAACAGACACCAGCCUCGCAUCUACCAUUGUGAACAACAAGACUGAAGGUAUCAACAAUCUCCCGGGUGCGAACCAAACUUCCGAAGCUGCCAGCAAGACAGACAGCUCGGCAGUCAUCAACAACAGCGCGGGAAGCACUAACAUCCCCGACGGCGCCGGCCCUGCCGUCGGCGCACCAAAACCUGUCGAAGUCACUUCUGUUCCCGAGACGCCCGUGAACCAAGGCACGCCCGCUGGCGGAACCCCUCGCCCUGAGCUGAAUGUUGGCGGCGCUACGCCCAAGGAGAAGACCCCAGAGCCCAACGCGAUUCUCGGUCCUGGCAAUAACCAGCCGACGAGCGCACCAAAAGAGCCGGAGGAAGAUCUAGCCGGGCCCGACCAGGCCUCUAUGACGGGUGAGAAGAGGAAGCUAGCCACUGAGACGGAGGCUGCGCCUGCUGACGCUCCUGCGGCUACGACGGCCUCGACCAACGGGAAUGCUAAGGCGGAAGAAGACGCUGAGCGCCCAGAGAAGAAGCCCAAAAUGACUGAGAAAAUUGCAGAUAAAAUCCACGAAGUGAAGGACAAAGUCACGGGCGGCGAGGGCGAAACAAAGAAGGCCGGACGGCCGAAGAAGGAUAAGAAGGCGCCGCCAGCGGUGGGCAGGACGGAGCGAAAGACCAGGAGCCAAGGCGCACCUGUCGGAGAGAAUGUCUAAGAGCUGGUGGUGCCUUAAUGAUAGUUCAAUCUAGGUUACCUUGAGUAAAACUACUUGGAUAUGUAGGGAAAGGCGUUCAAUGGGAGUUUGGCGUUGAUU